AUGCCUUCUCUUUGGAGUCUGCAGUCCUUCCUGCUACUGAUAACCUGCCCAAGAAUGGAACAGACCUCGAUGCUGAUCAGCGCCGCCGGCCGCAUGGCUCUACUCCUAGGGCUUCACAAACCGCAGAACCCAAAGCUCUUCCUCUUUUGGUCCUGUGUGCUGGCUAGUCGUUCUGGGCCAGAGGAAUCCACCAUCUUUACAUGGUUCUUCGACAUGGUUGCCGAUGCAGAUGGAGAAAGGUGCGGUGGUAAUGCCGGGGCUCAAUUCCAUGGAAAUGACUGGGAAGCACAUCUGCAUCAGAUGGGAGCUGGCAUCCUCACUCAGAGUCCAGGACUGAAGGAGAUGAUGAUAUUGACAAGAAUGUACUUGAGGGGAGAGGUUGAUGAGCACGCCGUGCAAAACAUUGGAGGGCUGGCCAAGCAGUGCCGCGCUUCAAAUCUCAACCCUUUUUCUUCCGUGCUUCAAGGGCUGGGGGUUGAUAAAUAA